AUGACCAAGGUGAAAGUGUUAGACGGAAGUUAUUCAUCUCAAAUCUUCACUCACGUGAACAAGAACCCAGAUGGAGAUCCACUGUGGACGGCGCGUUUCUUGGUGACAAACCCGGACGCGGUCCGUGACACGCACUUAGAUUUUCUGCGAGCAGGUAGUGACAUAAUCGAGACAAACACCUACCAGGCAUCAAUGGACGGCUUUUGUAAGUACCUUGGUGUCACUGAAGCUGACAGCUUGGACAUAAUUGUAAAAGCAGUAGAUCUUGCUAAGCAAGCUGUAAAAAUCUACAAAGAAGAAAUAAAAGACAACGAGAACGCGGUUAAUGACAACCCUUUGAUCGCCGGGUCUUGCGGACCCUACGGUGCUGUUCUUCAUGACUGUUCAGAGUACACCGGGUUUUACGGCAAGAAAGUGUCCAAGGAAUUCUUGAAAGAUUGGCACCGACCCAGAAUGGAGACUCUGAUAAAAGCCGGGGUUGAUCUUCUGGCAAUUGAAACUAUUCCUUGCGCCGAGGAAGGUGAAGCUCUGGUGGAAUUGUUGAAAGAGUUUCCAACCACCAGAGCCUGGCUGUCUUUCUCGUGCUCCACUGACGGGUCCACUCUGGUAGAUGGUAAUAAUUUUAAAGAAACUGCCUUAAAGUGUUACAAAAAUGCGCUGCCAGGUCAGCUGAUUGCUGUUGGUGUUAAUUGCUUGUCGCCUCAUCACGUCUCGGCUUACUUGUCCAAGAUUAAUAAAGAUUGUGAAGGAAAACCAGUGCCUUUAAUAGCUUACCCAAAUAGUGGGGAAGUUUUUACUCCUGGAGAAGGUUGGAAGGAAAAUGGAAAGUCUUGUGACUUCAAGAAGUACACUCACGAGUGGCUGGAACUCGGAGUUCAGUAUAUUGGAGGCUGCUGCAGAACCACUGCUGCUGAUAUCGCUAAAAUUAGAAGUGAAGUUGACUCUUGGAAGUCGCAAGAGAGAGAAACAACUGUUUGA